CACGCCACACGCUGGGCGACCGAUUCCGCCAGAGUCCUCGGCGGAAUCCGUUGGGAAGAAGAUCGGAUUCCGCCGCAUGGCCAUGCCGUGCCGAAGUUCAGAGUCCUUCCUGAGCGCCUGAGAAACGAUCUCCACGCCAUGGCAGAGGAGGAUCGGGAAGCGAAGCUGUUGAAGGUCCAAGAGAAGCUGGAUUUCUUGAUGACGAAGGAAAAUCUACAGGAGGACAGCUUCAUCCAGAUGAAUAUGGAUGCACAGAUGAACAUCCCAAUCUGCAUCCUUGCAGGGCAUGAACAAUUUGAAGAGGGCGACGUCCAGGUCGACGUCCAGACCCUCUACGACGCCGCGCUACGUUCUCAACAGGUGACGGUGGACAAGGCGGCGAUGCAGGUGAAACCCAUCAUCAAGAGCAAGAGGAAUACUGUGAUCCUCCACGAUCUUCCGGAUCAGAUCCCCUUGGAGGAGCUGCACGAGCUCUUUGAGAAGUGCCCCUGCGCGGAGAAGUUAAACAGCAUCAAGCCCGAUGUGAACAGCACUGUCUUCGUCACCUUCGAAGACGACGGCGCCGCGACGGAUGCUGCUUUGUGGCUGAGGUCACAAAAGCUUCGUGGAGCAAAUGUGAAGUGCUCUAUCAAGUCGCAGCAGUUCCUCCGGAGCUUCUUCCCCAUGAAGCCGGUGCCCAACCUCCAAGCGCAUGGUGUGCCAGCAUGGGCUGCCGCUUGGUCGGGCAACUGGGCGCUCCAGAGUGCUUGGAACGAGGGCCAGGAGGGGAAAGGCAUGGAGAAGGGCUUCAAAGGCGGAAACACACCGAGCGAUCCCAGCGUGGCGGGUGCGCCCAUGCCGGGUGCGCCCAUGCCGGGUGCGCCCAUGCCCAUGCCGGGUGCGCCCAUGCCGGGCGGCCCGGGCCCAUGCCCUGGCGGCUUUGGCAAAGGGAAGGGCAAAGGCAAGAGUCCAGGCAAAGGAAAGGAGGCCAAGGGCAUGAGCCCUAUGGACGGUGCCAUGGGCCCAAUGGGCGGUACCAUGGGCCCAAUGGGUGCCAUGGGUGCGGAGCGGAUGCACAGCAUGAGGAGCGAGGAGGAUACAAUCAGCCUCGCAGAAAUGCACCUCUUUUCUUUUUUUGUGUCGGAAGCCUCUCGCCCCACCAGCGAGGCCCGCGACGACGACGACGAGACCAGCGGGUAUCGCCAUGCCUUCCGUCGCUACACCCGACAGCAAAUCAUCGAGAUUUGUGGAAAGAUGGAGCUGGUCGAGAAGCCGGAGAGCUACAAGAAGAUCGAAGCGGAUGUUGGCCUCUUCAGCCAUCAGCCCAACAAGGAUUGGGCGCCGUUGCCCACGCCCAUGGGGUCCUUCUUGGGCUCUGAAAGUCGGAGGACCGACGCGAGCGAUACGCCGGACGAAUCCGAGAGCCGAGCCUAUGCGAGCAAGAAGGAGCGGAAUGCGCGGGGUUCACGCUCCAGCGAGCCGGGCGAGGGCUCGCAGAGUGACUGGGACUGGGAACAUUGGCAUGAUUCCCACGGGUGGACAGAGAAUUGGUAUGGCCGCGGAAAGAUGCAAUGGGUGGCAAAGUCCUCUGGAGACGCUGAAGCUGAACACCACGAGCGUGGCGGAAGUGGUGCUUCCGCGUCGGGUGGGUGGCCGAGAAAGCCGAGCUGGGCGGAGAAGGUGCGGGGCUCGACCCAAAAGUGGCAAGCCAAAGCAAAACCGCCUGAGGACGAGCCGGAGGAAGAGCUGAAGGACGAGCAGAAGGAGGAGCAGAAGGAGGAGCAGCGUCCGAGCUGGGCGGACAAGGUUCGGCAUAGUCUGGGGCAUUGAGCGGCGCCAGGUCUGCGUACUGAGAGGUCCAGGUGAAGCAUCCAGUUGGCCCCAGAAAUUGCAGC